AUGUUGGAAAGCCUAGUUGCCAAUCUGCUCAAUCGAUUCUUGGGCAUGUACGUCAAGAAUUUCGACCCCAAGCAGCUCAACGUAGGCAUCUGGUCGGGCGAUGUGAAGCUGCGCAAUCUCGCGCUCAGGAGAGAAGCCCUUGAUCAACUGCACUUGCCAAUCAAUGUGGUAGAAGGCCACUUGGGUGAAUUGACCUUGUCAAUACCAUGGUCCAACCUGAGAGGAAAGCCCGUCAAAGUCAACAUCGAAGACGUCUUUCUGCUCGCGGCGCCCAAAGAGGAAGACGACUACGACGCUGAGGAGGAGGACAGGCGGGCGGUGGCCGUGAAGCUGGAAAAGCUGGAGAGUGCCGAGCUGCUCAAGGAGCGCAACACCGAGUCCAUGAGCCCAGAAGAACAGCAGAAGAGUCAAAGUUUCACUCAGAGCUUUGUCACAGCCAUCGUCGACAACCUUCAGGUCAGCAUCAAAAACGUCCACAUCCGAUAUGAAGACUCCAUCGCAACGCCUGGCCACCCGUUCGCUGUGGGCCUCACACUCAAGGAAAUGAGCGCCGUCUCAACCGAUGCUGACUGGCAGCCAACCUUUAUCCAAUCCACCUCAGGAACCACUCAUAAAUUGGCGGUUUUGAACUCGCUGGCUCUCUAUUGGAACAGUGACGCAGAUCUUUUUGGCACUGGCAAAGGCGGUGAUGUUGGCGCUGAGGCACAAGAAAUUGACAAGGACGAACUGAUACGCCGCUUCCGAGAAGGCAUAGAGGAUACUGGCCACUCACAAUAUCUGCUGAAGCCCGUCAGCGGUCGGGCUGGGAUUGAGAUGGACAAGACGGGUCGGACAGACAAACCAAAGACCAAAGCGCGUCUGCUUUUCCAGGAGCUCGGAUUCAUCAUCGACGACGACCAAUACCGUGAUGCGCUGAUGCUUGUGGACCUGAUGCACUACUUCGUCCGCCAUCAUGAGUACAAGAAGGACGCGCCAAAGGAGAGCCCAAAGGAGAACCCCCGAGCCUGGCUUAAGUUCGCCGGAAACGCCGUUCUGACCAAGAUCCAUGAGCGGAACAGGAAGUGGACUUGGGAGUAUUUCAAGGAACGCAGGGACACCCGACGCAGAUACAUUGAACUCUUCAAGAAAAAGAAGAAGGAGCAAAAGUUCACCGAGGAAGAAACAAAGGAAAUGACCCAGCUGGAGCAUGAUCUGAGCUAUGAAGAUCUACGAUUCUGGCGGUCGCUUGCUCGUACCCAGUUGCGGAAGGAGAAUGUCGGUGUCAAGCAGCCCCCGCAAAAGCAGACAUGGUCAGCUUGGAUCUGGGGCGCCAAGGCUGAACAGACUCCAGAUGACGACGAAGAGGCCGGCAUGACUGAACAACAGCGCAAGGAGCUCUACGAUGCCAUUGACUGGGACGAGAAAAAGGCAAUCGCCGAGAGUGUCGAUCUGCCCAGAGAGAGUGUCAAACUCGAGGUGGAAUCGAGUCUCAGAACCGGAAGCUUCACCUUGAAACGAGACCCUCAUGGUCAAGAGAGAGAGGUUCUCAAACUGGUCUUCGACAACUUUAGGGCAAAGGCACUUCAACGACCUGACUCUUUCUUGGCUGAACUCGCACUAGGUGGCUUUCGUGUCUACGACGGUACGACAGAGGGCACGCUGUUCCCACAGAUCGUCAAGGUCAAAGGGGUCGAAAAUCAGCCCAAAGAUGAAGUGAAACAUGAUGACAAUGAAAGCUUGGACGACGAAACAGAGGCAGAAGAUGCGACCGGCGAGAAAGAAGAGCAGGAAGAAGACAGCUUAUUCCACCUUGUGUUCGAAAACAAUCCCCUCGAUGAAAGCGCCGACACAAAAGUCGAUCUGAAACUCAAAAGUCUUGAGUUCAUCCAUAAUCCCAAGUUCGUGGUCGAGAUCGUCAAGUUUUUCAAGCCUCCGGAACGCCAAAUGGAAUCCAUUGGCGCUCUGCUCGAGACUGCAGGUGCAACGGUGGAAGAGAUUCGUCAGCAAACGCGCGCAGGCCUUGAGUUUGCUUUGGAAGAGCACAAAACCAUCAAUGCAAAUCUGGACAUCCACGCACCCAUAUUCAUCAUUCCUGAGAGCAUCACAGAAAAGAGCACCCUCUGCAUGAUCCUUGAUGCUGGUCAUGUCAGCGUCAACAGCGAACUCGUGGACAAGGAGACAAUGCGGGAUAUUCACGGGAAGCAAAAGCAGAAAUAUACCGAAGAAGAUUACAGACAACUCGAGGGCUUGAUGUAUGACAAGUUCCACUUGAAGCUCGAAUCAACACAGGUAUUGAUUGGACCGGGCAUCGAAGAGACGAGGGCGCAGCUCGAAGCAGAAGACGACUCACAGAACAUGCACAUCAUCGACCGCAUAAACAUGGCCUUCCUCCUGGAAAACUCCAUUAUACCGAAAGCACCAGACAUCACAAAGGUUCGCAUUUCCGGCACGCUGCCUGUUCUCCACGCCUCCAUAUCAGACAAGAAAUACAAAAAUCUUAUGAGGCUCAUAGAGGUUGCGGUGCCAAAAUUUGACAGUCCAGCAACGGAAGCAAACGGCAAUGCUGCUGAGUCGCGGCCUCAAAAAGCCAGCGAGGACCCAGGAUCAAAGAGGAAAUCCGUACAACUGCUCGAAGCCAAAGAUAUGCCUAUCAUUGAACACGAUUCAGAUUCAGAAGAUGCUUCUCCCGAAAAGGACCGGCCGAAGAAGCCCGAGACACCUGCCAACAUACACCAGCGCAAUUUUGAAAUCAACUUCACGGUCGAAAAAUUGCAGGCUUCAUUGUACAGGGCAGAUCCGGACGGCAAGAAGCCGGACCAGCUGUUGGUGGAACUCGUGGCGGAGCGCUUCUAUUUCGACUUCUACCUUCGGCCCUACGAUAUGGUGGCUGAAGUGCUACUGCGAUCACUCAGCGUCGACGACCACAUUGAACAGGAACCCCUACCCGAAUUCAAGCAGAUAAUAUCUUCUAAAGGCUUCAACGCAGAAGAAGGAAAGGAUUUGCUCAACGUCAAAUUUGUCAAGGUCAAUCCUGAAUCGCCAGAAUUCCAAUCUACUUACGAGGGUAUCGCCACCAAUCUUGACGUCGCCGUGUCUACCAUCAACAUAAUUGUCACGAGAAGGACGCUUCUGACCCUGCUGGAUUUUGUCCUUACAACAUUCACCAAUCCUGGGGAUCAACAGCCGGUGCACGAAGAUCCGGACGACCCGGACGAGGGAGCCAAAGAUCCUCAACCGACAAAGCCGCAGGCAGACAAGAUUAGAAUCAAAGCCCAGUUGACCAGCAUUGCGCUUAUUUUGAACAACGAUGGUGUGCGUCUUGCGACACUGUCAUUGAACUCUGGUGACGUUGGAGUCUUCCUGGACGCAGGCACAAUGCAGGUCAAGGCGAGAUUAGGGAGUCUGUCGCUAGUCGACGAUAUCAACCAGGGUGCACCUGAAGACUCACCACUGCGCCGGUUGAUUGCCAUUGAAGGAGAUGAUCUGGCAGAUUUCAAAUACCAGACCUUCGACUCUUCCCGCAAGGACUACCCUGGAUAUGAUUCAGGAAUCUAUCUUCGAUCAGGUUCCAUCAAAGUCAACUUCCUGGAAGAGCCGUUCCGGAAGAUCAUGGAGUUCGGAGUCAAGUUUGGGAAGAUGCAAGCCAUCUUCAAUGCGGCCAGACAGGCAGCAGCGAACCAAGCUACACAGGUACAAGAAAGUGCGCAGAAGAUGCACUUCGAUGUCAUCAUAAAGACACCGAUCGUCGUUUUCCCCCGAGCCAUGGUCGAAGACCGUCCUCGUGAUCUUCUCACAGCCCAUCUAGGCGAGAUAUAUGCAAACAACAAAUUCGUCGGUGUCCAGGGCCAAAAGGGCGGUCCUCUCAUCAACAAGCUCACAGCCGGCAUCAGGCACAUCCGCUUGACCAGCGAAUUCCACUACAGCGACGGCAGGUCCCAGGAGCUGGAAAUGAUUGACAAAGUUGAUCUUGACUUCAAAAUCCGUUACCUUGAGCACCAGGCGGGGAUUGAGAGACCGGAUCUUGAAAUCGAUGGGUCCAUGUCGCCGAUAAAUCUGAGGGUUUCCCAUACUCAAUUCAAGUUUCUGAUGGAAUUGUCAAAGACCAUUCCGGCAGCUUUUGCAACCGAAGACGAAAGUGAAGAAGACAUUGCCGAGGAAUUGCCAUCAUCCACCACAGAAAGCGCGAAGGCCGCCGAACCUGAGACGACAACGUCCGAAUCGCCAAGUAAACCCUCUUACCAGGGUCCCGAGCUUGGAACGGGUGCAGAAACAUGGACCAAGAUGAAUUUGGUGUUCAAGGCACCAAUGGUGGCCCUGGAAUUGAUCCUCGCAGAUGAAGACGAGCCAAUUGAGAACCUCGAAGCAGCCAGCCUCUCGAAAUUUUCCAUCAACGAGACAAAUGUCAAACUGAGGAUGAUCAGUGAUGGCGCUAUGGAGGCUGAGCUUGUGAUCCACUCUUUCACUGUCCGCGACAGUCGCACGAGAGAAACAAACAAAUUCCGGAAGAUAAUGUCUUUGAUCAACAACGAUGUGCAGCAACAAUUCAUGGCGAGUCUGUCCAUUACAGGUGGAGAAGAACGCCACAUGAUUGUAAUGCUUACCAUUGACAGCCCCCGGGUUAUUGUCGCUCUGGAUUACAUUUUUGCCCUUCAGGCUUUCGCAAAUACGGCUCUACAGUCCGACGUGCCGUCACCUAUUGCCGAAGUGGACGAUUUAACCGAAAGCAGUGAUACAAGCAUCGAAGAUGAGCAAGGCCAGAUAGAAGAGAGCGCCCGAGAGGCCGAAUCAGCGGGCCAUCCAUCAAUGACUGUGUCGUUUCGGCUCAACAUCGUGGAUGCACAGGUCAUCCUCAUCGCAAAUCCCACCAUAUCCAACACUGAGGCCAUUGUGCUUGGUACUAAGGAAGUACUUGUGUCAAAACAAAACGCGAUGACGUUGCAGGUCAGUAAGAUCGGCAUGUUUUUGUGCCGAAUGGAUCGCUUCGAAACAAGUCGACUUCGAAUACUCGACGACUUCAGCAUCCAGAUGUCCAUGGAUAGCCGAAGCCAAGGCAAAGAUUCCUCCUUGACGUCAAUUCACAUUGGAAUAGAGCCUCUCGUUCUCCGUCUGUCGCUUCGCGACAUCUUGCUGGCGAUGCAGAUUGUCAGCAAGGCUUCAUCUGCGACCCCACAAACGAAGAUGCAAGAAGACACAGAGCCAAAGAAGCUCAAAGACGUGAAAGCGUCUUCCAAGGCGCCUUCGACGAAGCGCAAAUCCAUAGCAGCGCAGUCAACUACGGCACAGAGAUCUAAAAGAUCAAAAUCAAUCUCCAAGUCGACUAAAUCUGUAUCACAGCAGCAGUCUUCGAAGUCGGUGGUCAUGAGUCGGGAAGAGAUGGUCGCGCAAAUCGAAGGUAUCCGGAUUAUAUUGAUUGGAGACAUGCACGAGCUUCCCCUGUUGGACUGGAGUGUGAAGAAAUUUGAUGUUGACGUUCGCGACUGGACCAGUUCCUUAACAGCCGACACCAAGAUCGAUACUUUCAUCAACGUAUACAAUUUCUCAAAGUCCGCGUGGGAGCCUUUGAUCGAGCCUUGGACCUUGGGAUUCCACAUGUCCAAACAGCUCCACCCUGAGGUGCUGUCUAUGGAGCUAUAUUCGCACAAGAACAUGGAAUUGACAGUCACGUCCGCCACAAUUGCACUUGCAUCCAAGUCCUUCAACUUUCUCUCAACAGAUGAAGAUAUCCUGUCGAAGCCGCGGGUGGCAGAUGCGCCGUAUCGGAUCCGCAAUUACACUGGAUUUGAUCUUAGCGUUUGGGCGGAUGAGAAGAGCGAUAGUGCAGCUGCAGCCAAACUCACCGACGGCGAGGAAUACGCCUGGCGAUUCGAGGACGCAACUUCCAUGCGUGAGAGUCUCUCGCCUGAAGGCAAUGCUGGUCUCGUGGGUGUCAGGCUUGAGGGAAGUGGGUUUGACAGCGUCGUUCGCAUCCCCGUCAUCCGCGAAGGAGAAACCCUGUAUAACCUCAAGCCGAGGAAGGACGGCGUCCAGCACCGUAUGCUUGUCGAGGUGCGACUGGGGUCCGACAAUGUCAAGUACAUCACGUUCCGCUCACCCCUCCUCGUUGAGAACAAGACCCAGAUACCAAUCGAGGUUGGCGUCUAUAGUCCAGACGAAGGCCAUCUCCUCAAGAUAGAGAAAAUUCCCCCUGGCGAAGGCAAACCUGCUCCCGUUGGAGCAGCAUUUGUCCACUCACUGGUUAUACGGCCCGACCAGGGAUUUGGGUAUGGCUGGUCGAACGAACGACUGUUCUGGAAAGACCUCCUGAAACGACAAACCAGGGCCCUCACCUGCGAGUCAGAAGGCAGGGACGAAUCACCACCUUUCUUUUUCCAGAUGCACGCGUCCUACGACGACAAAGACCCGAUCACAAAGGUCUAUCCGUACAUGAGAAUCCAAGUUUCGGCACCUGUCGAGAUCCAGAACCUGCUACCGUACGACUUCAAAUAUCGCAUCUAUGAUAAGAACACGAAAAAGGACUGGACCAACUUCCUACGCAAGGGUGGCGUAAGCCCGGUUCAUGUCGUGGAGCUAUCUCACCUUCUGCUACUGAGCGUUGAGGUGGAGGAUGCGCCCUUCAAACAGAGCGACUUUGCGAUCAUCAACAGCGACACCCAAGAAGGAUUCCGCCGGGAGAAAGUAGUGCAGUUGAAGGACGACAAAGGUGCCCAGCUGAGACUAAAGCUUCACUACACGAAUAUCAAAGACAGCGGAGGAGCCUUCAGAGUAUCGGUGUACAGCCCCUACGUCCUUCUGAACAAGACUGGGCUUGACAUGAGCGUUCAGAGCAAGGCAUUUUUCGGGUCUUCUACGAAAGCUUCAUCGCCUCAGGGAGCCCGAACGAGCUCCGGAGAAGGGACAGCUCUUCCAAUGUUGUAUUCGUACGGUGCCGAUGACCGUAAGAAUCGCUCUCUUCUCAAGAUCGGCGAUUCAAUGUGGAGCAAGCCACAAAGUUUCGACGCCAUCGGAAGUUCGUACGAGGUCGUCUUGCCUGCCGCGUCGGGCAAAUCUGAGAUGCAUGUUGGGGUAUCUGUGGCAGAAGGCGAGGGCAAAUACAGCUUGACGAAAGUUGUCACCAUGGCGCCGCGCUUUGUCCUCAAGAACAAAAUCGGCGAGGACAUUGAGCUCCGAGAACCUGGUUCGUCAGAAGUGUGGAAGAUGAAGAACAAUGACCUCUUGCCUAUGUACUUCAUGCGACAGUCGCCCGAGAAGCAGCUCUGCCUGUGCUUUCCGGGAGUCAACAACCAAUGGUCAUCCCCGUUCAAUAUGGCAAACGUCGGCAUGACCCAUGUCAAGCUCGCCAAACAUGGCCAAAGACAAAGGCUCGUCCGCGUGGAGAUCAUCCUCGAGGACGCUACCUUGUUCUUACACUUCAGCAUUGAGACGAAACAUUGGCCGUUCUCGAUGAGAAACGAGAGUGACACCGAAUUCUUGUUCUUCCAGGCGAACCCCAACCUUGGUGAAGACGAAGAAGAAGACAAAGGGAGCGGCUGGAAGCCGAUUCGGUACAGGCUCCCUCCACGAAGUAUUAUGCCUUAUGCUUGGGACUAUCCCGCUUCAAAGAACAAAGAGCUUGUCCUUACAGCUAGGGGAAGGGAGAGGUAUGUCAAAUUGGCGGAAAUAGGCAACUUGAUCCCGAUUAAGCUGCCACCGGAUGACCGAGGCGGACUCAUGAAAGUGAUCGACAUCAACAUUGUUGCCGACGGACCAACACAGACUCUGGUAUUGUCCAACUACAAACCGUCCCGGUCGCUAUACCGACAGAAGACGGGUAUGACGACCACGUCACAGACCAGCCUCAACCAAGGAUUUGAAGUCAAGCAGAUCGAAUCGGACGUCAACUUCAAGGCCGAGCUGCGAUUGGCUGGGAUUGGAAUCUCCCUUGUCAACAGCAAGAUGAAGGAACUCAUGUAUCUCACCUUCCGGGAGAUGGAGCUCAAGUAUGGAGAUUCCAAACUCUACCAAACAUUGAACUUCACGGUCAAAUGGAUCCAGAUCGACAAUCAACUGUAUGGCGGCAUCUUCCCGAUCUUGUUGUACCCGAGCGUGGUGCCCAAAACAGGCAAGGAAAUGGAGGCCCAUCCCAUAUUCCAUACGAUGGUUACGAGGGUCAAGGACGAUUCAUAUGGUGUGCUCUACAUCAAAUACGCCACCUUGCUCCUGCAGCAGAUCACGGUCGAACUUGACGAAGACUUCAUCUUUGCAAUGCUUGACUUCGUGAAAGUGCCCGGGGCGUCGUGGUCGGAAGAAAAGGAAGGGAAACUGUGCGACGAGAGUCUCGACGUACCUGAGCCGACGCGAGAAGAACAGGGGCAGGACGUCUACUUUGAGCUGCUGCACCUGCAACCCAUCCAGCUUGAUCUCUCCUUCGUCAGAACGGAGCGCAUCAACGCCGAGGAUACCUUUGUCAAUAGUCCGCUGAUGUUUUUCGUCAAUGUCAUGACGAUGUCAAUAGGGAACGUCAACGACGCGCCCAUCCGGCUCAAUGCGUUGAUGCUCGAAAACGCCAGGAUAUCCGUUCCAGCGUUGAUCGCCAACGUCCAGAACCACUACACCCAAGAAGUGCUCCGCCAGGUCCAUAUCAUUCUCGGAUCGGCCGACUUCCUCGGCAACCCUGUAGGAUUGUUCAACAACAUCAGCUCUGGUGUUGCCGACAUCUUCUACGAGCCUUACCAAGGCCUUGUGAUGACCGACAGGCCACAAGAGCUCGGCAUUGGCAUCGCCAAAGGAGCUAGCAGUUUCGUCAAGAAGUCCGUGUUCGGCUUCAGUGACAGUAUGGCCAAGUUCAGUGGUUCCAUUUCCAAGGGCCUUGCGGCCGCCACCAUGGACAAAGAGUUCCAAGAUCAGAGGCGCAUGUCAAAGAGCCGGAAUCGACCCAAACAUGCCCUAUACGGCGUCACUGCUGGAGGCAACGCCUUUGCCGCUAGUAUGGCCAGCGGUAUUGGGGGCCUCGCUCGCCACCCUCUGGAAGGAGCAGAGAAGGAAGGUGCUUUGGGUUUCGUCAAAGGUGUCGGAAAGGGCUUUCUUGGUCUGGCCACCAAGCCUGCCAUCGGCGCCUUCGAUCUCGCCUCCAACGUGGCCGAAGGGGUCCGCAACACGACGACGGUCUUUGAUUCCGAGGGUCUCGACCGCGUUCGCCUGACUCGGUUUAUCGGGAUGGAUGGAAUCGUACGGCCCUACUCACAACGCGAGGCCCUGGGACAAUUCUGGCUCAAGACUUGCGACGAUGGCCGGUACUUCAACGAAGAAUACAUUGCCCACUUAGAGCUCGAGGGCGGCGACAUGAUGGUCAUGAUCACCUACGACCGCAUCUUGAUGAUCCGAACCAAAAAGCUGCGCAUGGAGUGGGACAUCAAACUGACGGACGUGCAGACCAUCAGCAAGGAGAGGACGGGGAUGAGUAUUGGUUUGAAAGGAGGAGCAAACGGCCCCUUCAUUCCCGUGGCGGAUGAGGGGAGCAGGAAUUGGCUGUACAAACAAAUUGCCAUUGCCGUGAACGCAUUUAAUGACAAGUAUAACGCAAAAGGAUGA